AGAUUCGGUUUCAUUCAUCGUCAAGAUUCGAUUCUGCAUCCACUCUCAAUCACCUCAUCCGAGAAGAGCAGGGUGACAUCAGCAAUCGAUUCAGUGGAAAGAACACAACGUUCUGUUAAAAAAUCACACUCACUUCUUCAGGCUACUCGGUAGUGAAUCAUAAUGAAUGCAUUCGGGUCAGGUCAGCCUGCUGGAGGAGUGGUGGGAGGCGGAGGACAACAGGGCCAACAGCAACAAGGACCUAAUCAAUCACAGACUCAACAACUUCUUGCACAAAUGCAAAUGAUGGCAGCCGCCCAACAACAACAGCAGCAGCAGCAAUCGCAGCAACCACCAGCAAAUCCUCAACAACCAAACGGAACUUCCAAUGGGAUGAUGUCGACAUCUCAGAUACCACCGCAACAAUUGCAGCAGCUACAACAAAACCCUAUGCAAAUGCUUCAAGUGGUUACAGGUCAAAUCAAUAACUUACAGAGACAAUGGCAAACUGUACAGGCUCAACCCGAAAGUCAACAGAAGAUGGAAGCUGCUCAACAAUUGGCAGCACAGAUGAAAAAGAUGAAAGCAUUUCAUUCACAAACAUUGCAAAUUUUGCAAAGACAACAACAGUCACAAGGACAGCAAAAUCAAAAUCAAUCGCCAGCACCACAACAGCAACCGCAGCAGAACCAACAAGGAAUGACGCCUGCUGCUGCACCAACCCCUGGACCGGGACCACAAUCAGCUUCUACUCCACAGUCUGGCGGAAAUACCGGCGGUUCAGGUGGUCCUGCUGGUGAGGCUGCUAGUCCUGCUCACAAUGCACAAUUGGCUGCUUUACAAGCAUUUGCUCAACAACAAAGAAUGCAGGCUAUGCACCAACAACCAUCUCAACAAUCUUCAGGACAAGCACAGCAGAACGCUCCACAACCAGGAGGAGUACAACAAACACCACAGCUAAAAGCAGAUUUGCUCAACGCAGUUCGAUCUUUCAUGGCAUCAAAGGGAACGCCCUUGCCUCACGAUCUACCGACAACCUUUUCCGCUCCAGGCAGAGGAAUUGCGCCUGGGUCCACUAAUGGAGAAACAAAGACGAUCGAUAUGCAAAUGCUUUUUCAAACGGUGGUACAGUUUGGAGGUUCAAGUCGUAUCGAAGCUCGACAAAAUGGAUGGGUAAUCCUUGCAGCACAGCUAGGACUAGCAGUUGCGCCAAUACCGCCAAAUCACCAGCCUGGCCAAGGGGAAGUGGAUAGCAAUGGACUUCCAUUGCCCAGCUUUGUUGCACCCAGAUUAGCACAAUUCUACAAGGAACGCUUCAGCUCAUUUGAAGAAUUUUGGCUGGCAAAGAUGAAAGGUCAAAGUGGACAACAAGGUCAGCAACAACAGCAACAACAAGGACAGAAUGCCCCAGGAGCUGUUACCAAUGAUGCUAACAAUGCGAGCGCAGGAGCAAAUGGAGCCAAUGCCGGGCAAAACAAUGGGAGCGGCAUGCCAGAUAAUCAAAUGGCAAAUGUGACACCACAAUUGGCACAGGAAUCUGCAAAGAAGGCGCAAGAGCUUCAAGCACAAUUGCCCCAACAGAUGCAACAGCUACAAGAGAUGGUCAAGGCUGGGAAGAUGAAUCAACAGCAAGCAAGUCAGAGAUUUAUGUAUAUUCAAAAUGCCGCCAGAAUGGCAGCACAAAUAGCAGCAGCUCAGGCACAGGCAGUAUCAUCUUCUGGACAAAAUGGGGAACAGCAGCAAAUGAAGCCGGCUGUCUCGCAGGCCCAGUCUCAGCCGUCCACAUCUUCUGUUCCGACACCAGCACCUGCAAUAGCAUCUACACCCCUCCAGCAAAACGCCAAUAAUGACUCAAAGAAACCACCCAAAAGAUCUCGAAAAUCGAGUACGAAGCAAAGCAAUGAAAGCGAAGUCAAGCCUGAGCCAGUUGCAUCUACAUCCGAACCCUCGAUGAACGGCAUUAGUACAGCAGCUCCGUCUAUUGGUCUACCACCCAAUACCGCGCACAUACAAGCAGCAAAUGUUCAAGCUCAACAAGCUGCAAGAAUGUUGCAUCAAGGUAUUACCAAUCCUGCUCAACAAAUUGGUGCCUUCACAGCGAUCCGAUCUGCACAGGUGCAACAAAUGCAAGGAAAUCCUUCUUCGUCUGAAAUAGCGAGCGUGAGCCAAGCAUUGGCACAAGUUUAUGCUAGAGUGUUGACACAAGCACAAAAUGCUGGUCAGCCAUUGCAGGUUGCAGCACCGGUGGCCUUUGCUGCUGCUCAACAAGAAUCGAAUAAAUUUCCACAGAUCAAACCGCAAGCGGUACAAGAUAUCAAAGAUGUUCAAUCGACAAAUACUCUGGAUCCUGGACAGGCUGGCCCAUCAUCUUCUCGACCAACGUCAUCUGCUGGUCCUGUUGCCAUACCGUCUGUUGGAACAACAUCAACAGCUCCCGCCGAACCUGUCAAGCCAAGUAAGUACAAGAUCGAAUACUUGCCUAUAAGAAGAGAUGUGAGCUCGUUCGGUGGAUGGGAUCUAGACUCGGUCGAAGCACAAAUCGGUCCAAUUUUGGCUGGAAGAGGAAGAUUUCCUCGAAGCGUUCGUGAAUUGGGUACAGUGGAUAUCGAAGGACUCAUCAUGAGUUUAAGGAGUCGAGUGGAAAUUGAGGUUACGUACGCUCUGAAUGCUUUGUUCAUCUUGACUGCAGGGGUGCAGGCACCAGGUUUCAAUCUCUUGUUGAGCUUAUGCGAAGAUUUGAGCGACGAAUUACUGGAUAUACUGGAGGAGGCUGCUUUUGGACGAUUGGGUCUUUCAGAAGAAGAACACUUUGUCGAAGAGGACGAUGAUGAUGAUGGAUUCGUCGAGCCUAUAGCGAUGCCCAAAAGACCUUUGACUCAUGGAGAGUGGAUCAUUGGAGUGUUGGAAGAUGAGGACAAGAACAAAAUUCACAUACAGCGAAAGCGUAAGGUCUCGAAUGGGCAUUUGAUACGGACCAACGGUGUACACGAUAGUCUGAACGAGAUGGCGUUGAUGUCAGACGAUGUCGACGACAAUAUCGAGGAUGCAAGAAAUGUACAUGAGAAUGGCAGUGUUGUUGAAACAGAGGAACUUGAGGAAAGAGACUCGCAUGAAGAAGACAAGGACGUAUAUGAGGAUAUUCCGACAACGUAUUAUUCCAAAAUAGCAAGAGAGCGUGACCUGCAACGUCAAGCUGAUACUGCAAUUGUUAUUAUCGAAAUUCUUCUCAACCUUUCCGUCGUUCCAGAAAACCAUCACUUUCUCAACAACGAGCCAAAGUUUUAUACACUAUUGAUGAACAUCGUCGCAGCUGUUGAUCACGAAGAGAUUGCUCGGCGUCGGGAAGAUGAGAAGGGACGACCAGAAACAAGUGGCAUAUUUGAUACGCAAAAGGAUGAAGCACCAAAGCAUUCGACUGUAUUUACAGCUUCGGAAGCUUUACGGGUCCGCAAGGAUAUACUGGGUAUAAUUGGAUCUCUGGCUGGUGAGACAAGCAUUUUGACAAAUUUGGACUCAAUCACACUUUCCAAUCUAUUUGACUUCUUGGCAAGUUUCGUAUAUGAUGCAAGUGAAAUUGAACAAUUGCAUGGAUUGGUAUAUCGAGAAAUGCCAAUCGGUCCACCAAUACGAGCUACUCCGCAAAAUCCACACCCACCACCACAACCGACUGCUAUGCAACCAUUUACACGCAAAGUACCUCAGCAUGCAGAUCUUGCACUGGAAGCAUUUUCCAGCUUGGGUCAGCCAGACGUGAAUCGAAAGAUACUCGGUGAUACGAUCGAAGAAGAUAGGUUGAUCAAAUUGGGAGAAGCAUUGAUAAAGCUAUUGCCGGUCUCAGAUAUGGAUUUCCACAUGCUGAAAACGGAAGCAAGAUUAGCGUUUUGCGAGAGGAUUGCGAUGACACUUUUCGAUAUUGCAUAUAUGGGCAGUGGAAGUGUAAAGAGAAGGUUGAGACAUUCGCCCGGAACGAAAGGAAUCAUUUUCCGAUGCAUCAAAAGAUUGAUGAGAAUUCACAAAGACUUUAGUCAAAAUCCCUUCAGCGUUUUGACGAGAAGAUUGGUGGAAACAUUGCGAUUAUUGAGCGAUGGCGAAAACAUGUUCAACAGAGCUCCAUUACUUGGAUUUGGAAUGGAAGGUAAUUCUUUGGCAUCAAAAACGAAUACUGCAUCCAAUUCUCAACGAUUCGCUGUGAAUGGUGCAAUGAAUGGUGACACCGAUCGACAACAAGAUGAUGGAAAUCUUUUGAUCGAAGAUGAAGAGGCAGUGGUUGAAUUGAUGACGGUUGAAGGUAUUGAUCCUACAAUCAUUUCUGAAUUGGAAAAGAUGCUUUGAUUUGGCUCUUUCAUCUUUUGGCAUUUGUGCUAUCGGUCAUGUAUACUACCCCCUUAUUAAUUGCAUGCAAUUUCCAAGAUUUGAUCUAGAAGUUUGAUUAGAUGAUGAGAAUCUAAU